AUGCUGGGACUGGGGGGACCCAACAUCAACUCAUUCGGAAAUAAGCAUCCGGACCUCGAAGUGAGGAUUUAUCCCCGCACUUCGGAGCAGGAUGCGCCCUACUCCGUGCCGGAAGAAUCGCUCCGAUCCGCGAUUUAUAUCCCCAGCGCCUUCCAAUAUGGCCGUGACGGUAAGACCUCUGUUAUUCUCGUCCCCGGCACAGGUACCUACGGCGGGGAAGCCUAUGCCCCGAACUUCGCCAAGCUGUUGCGUGAAAGCGCUUUUGCUGACCCGGUCUGGCUGAAUGUUCCCGGCCGGAUGUGCGACGAAUCGGCCCGCAACGCUGAGUAUGUUGCGUAUGCAAUUCGUUAUAUCUACACACGAUGUCAGGGCAGGUCUGUGGCUGUUGUAGGCUGGUCGCAGGGGUGCUUGUCAAUUCAGUGGACGCUCAAGUAUUGGCCCAGCACCCGCGAGCUCGUGAGCAAUUUUAUUGCAAUCUCGGCCGAUUUUGCAGGCACGGUUGGUGCGUGGGCUCUCUGUCCUUUCAAGGGUGCACAACCCGGCACGCCGGCAGUCUGGCAUCAAACGCGAAAUUCGAACUUCAUCUCCACCCUGCGCUCCCACGGCGGUGACUCAGCCUAUGUUCCUACUACAUCCAUCUACUCCGCGACGGAUGAGGUGGUGCAGCCGCAGUCGGGAACAGGGGCGUCCGCGUAUAUGAAGGAUGAGCGAGGGGUUGGAGUAACGAAUUGUGAGGUACAGGUGCAGGCGCGUCUCAGGCCGGCAGGUUUGAUCUAUUCUCACGAGGCAGUGCUGUACAACCCGCUGGCAUGGGCGCUAGCAGCGGAUGCGAUCCAGCAUGGGGGACCAGGGAGCUUGGAGCGGAUAGAUAUGGCGACAGUCUGUAUGCGCAGCAAGGCAGAGGGGCUCAGUCUGAUUGACGCGACCAGGACGCAGGCUUUGGCUGCGUGGGCGCUGAAAAAUAUCCUGCUCUUCACGCCGAAGCCCUGGCGGGAGCCGGAGCUGCCUGCUUAUACUGCUCCGGAGGAAAAGACAGACGUGCCGGCGGAGCUAGUUGGCGAUGCACUCAAGGUUCCAGCCGUGGUUGUGGCCGAGCUCCCGGAUACGCUCCCUAUCUAG